GUCGACUGUUUUAUCAGCUCGCAUUCUCCAAAAUCCGGAUAACCUAACCUCACUUUUCAUUUUUGAACUAUCUAGUAUCUAUAAGAUAUUAUUUACAUUUUGAAAGAUAACUACGCAUUAAAACAAUGAUUGCUAUCAGAAAUAUAAUCUUUCCUUCAGUUCAAAUUAUAUCUAGAUCAAACAGUCUAGCUUCCAGUUGUUUUAUUCGGGGUAUUGCUCAAAAAGUGGACAUUGAUAAGUUGGUGAAAAAUAACAAAGUUGUGCUUUUUAUGAAAGGAGUACCUGAAGAACCAAGAUGUGGAUUUAGUAAUGCUGUUGUUCAAAUUUUGAGAAUGCACAAUGUGAAGUAUGACGCACAUGAUGUGAUGAAAGAUGAUGCUAUCAGAAAUGGUGUGAAAGAGUAUUCAAACUGGCCCACCAUUCCUCAGGUGUUUAUCAACGGUGAGUUCGUGGGCGGAUGUGAUAUAAUGCUUCAAAUGCACCAGAGUGGAGAUCUUAUCAAAGAACUGGAAAAAGCUGGAAUCAAAUCAGCGUUGCUAGACCAAGAGGCUCCACAAGAAGCUAAGAAGUGAUCAAUUAACUUAUAAAAAUUGUUAUUCUAAAUACCAUUAGCUGAGUUUUCUAUGUAAAUAUAUAAAAUAAAAUGUAAGUAUUGGAGAGUGUGA